AUGCCUCCAGGGUCGGCCGCGAUCGCCAUCGUCAAGCCGGGCGCGAAUAACUCCUCCCUCUCGCCCACCGCCAAACCAGCCCAACCACCCGCGGCGACCGCCUCGCAGGGCAAGCAGCCCGGUCAGAGAGGAGCGCAAGGUGGACUGCGAGCGCCUGCGAGUCCCGUACCUGCAGCACCGUCUACGCCUCUCUCGGUCGCAGCGGCUUCCGCAGCCGAGUUCGUACCGGGCGGGAGCAGCUCAGCAGGAGGAGGGAGCGAUGCUGGGUCCAGGACGACGGGCACGAUGACGCCUGGAGGGAGCACGAUGGCGGCCAAGGCGGCAGAGUUUGUUCCGCGGAGAGCAGUCACACCCGCAUUGUCAGAGGAUGCGCCGUUCUUUACGCCUGCUGGACAACAGCAAGCUCCCUCGGCGCCAGGCUCGGUUGCCGACAGUAGCUACGGGCGGGCGAUGGCGGAGGCGAGCCAGCAGACGGCGGAGGGCCUGUCGGAGUACUACCAACAGGUGAUGGACCUUAACGCCCCCGACUACACGCGACCCAUGCCCGGCGCCGACCCCUCCGCGUCCAUGAACCCGUACAACUUUGCCCACGCGCUCGCUCCGCCUGGCGCAAACGGUGGCGCACCUGGAUUGCCUGGGCUGGGACAUGCGGCAGCUGCAGCCGCGGCUGAGGCGGCGUAUUAUCAUAACGGGAUGGGCGCGAUGCAUCCGGCUGCGAUGGGAUUCCAGCGACAACCUCUCCAAUACCACCUCUACCACCCUCUCCCCUCAACCAAUCCCCGCCACCUCUCCUCAAACCUGUCCUCCCGCGCCGGCUCCCACUCCCCAACAACCUCCUUCUUUCUCCCUCCCGCGCUCCACAUCUCCCUCACCCAAAAAUCCGAAGCGACGCAAACCACCCCUUCGGUCGACCUCAAGUUGCCUGAGGAGGUCGGGGGGUACACGGGUUUGGUACCGCUUGAUCGGCCGCCUAGUGAGGGCGGAGGAGGCGGAGUGGGGUGGGUUGGCUAUAGGGGUUGGAUUUAUAAGGCUUGGAAGGAGGGAGAGGGGAGGUGUUAUGCGCUCAGGCGGAUCGAAGGCUUCCGGCUACAGCACGAAGCGGCGAUCGCGGCGGUCGAGAAGUGGACCCGCGUGCGGCAUCCUGGGCUCGUCGGCGUGCGAGAAGCGUUUACGACUCGCGCGUUCGGCGAUCAUUCCAUCAUCUUCGUCUACGACUUCCACCCCUGCUCGCAGACGCUCUACGAAGCGCACCUCUCCCCCCUCGCUUCUCUCCCUCCGAACCCCUGGUCGACACCUCUCACGCAGCACCACCACCCGACACAACACCACGUCCACCACGGCCCUCACGCCGCCCACGCCUCUCCCUUCCGUCCAGGCGGUGCGCUCGCUCGACCAGCCGGCUCGUCACCUUCUUCGACACCCGCAGGAGGCGCCAACUCGACUGCGCUCCCCGAACGCGUCUUAUGGAGCUAUGUCGUCCAGCUUGCGUCGGCGCUCAAAUGCGUGCACAAUAGCGGACUGGCGAUGCGGACAGUCGAUGUCAACCGGGUGUUGGUGACGGGAAAGAACCGCGUCAGGCUUGGAGGCGGAGGCGUGUUGGAUUGCUUGACUUGGGACGGCGGGCAGAACAUCCCGGCGCAUCAGCAAGACGACCUCCUCUCGUUCGGCAAGCUCAUCAUCGCACUCGCUUGCGGCUCGACCUCAGCCGUGCACAACCUCCCCAAGAGCGUCGACCACAUCUCGCGCAUGUACUCGCCCGACCUCAAGAAUGUCGUCUUGUACCUCUUGAGCAAACCUGGGCCGAGGAAGACCAUCGAGGAGGUGUUGGCGUUGAUGGGUCCGAGGGUCGUGGAUGAGCUUAACUCGAGUCUUGUCGCCGAGGACACGCUCGAGCACGAGCUCAUGCGCGAACUCGAGAACGGCAGGCUCGUCCGCCUCCUCACCAAGUUUGGCUUCAUCAACGAGCGGCCAGAAUUCGACCAUGACCCGCGAUGGGCAGAGACUGGCGACCGAUACCUCAUCAAGCUCUUCCGCGACUACGUCUUCCACCAGGUCGAUGAGACGGGCCGACCCGUCACCGACCUGAGCCAUGUCCUCACCGCGCUCAACAAGCUCGAUGCGGGCGUGGACGAGAAGAUCAUGCUGGUGUCGCGCGAUGAGCAGAGCUGCCUCAUCGUUAGCUACCGCGAGAUCAAGAACUGCAUCGAGAGCGCAUUCGCCGACCUGUCGCGGUCGAGCUGA